UGGGCUGUGGGGCCAGGAAGGGCCUCAGCUGUCUCCAGCUGUUGAUGAUGUGUUUCCCUCUUGGUUUUCAUGUAGAUUCCUUUCUGCCUGGGGCUGGGCGUGGGGGCCUGGCAUAGUAAGGGAGCUGAACCGGGCACCUCUUUGAGCCCAGGCUCCCCAUCUAUGGAAACGGCUGAACAGAGUCCUUUCCCCAUUACCUCAGACCCAAGGGUGUGAGCCCAGGCCUGGACCAGUCACCCCGGUGGGGGGCGCGGUGGGCACAUCAGGAAGAAACCAGGGCUGUGGCUUUGGGUGGGGCCAGUGGCCUCUUCUGGGAGCCUAGCAUCUGGAAGCCAUCAAGCCAGGGGCGGGGGGUGUUGCAGCAGAAGGCCGGGAAAGAGGAGGCCACACAUAGGCCCACCCCUUGGGAGCAGUGGCUUUGGGCCCGCAGUCCCUGUUGUCAUCUCUGCCUAUCAUCGCCUCUCAGCCCACCGCCUCACUCCCUUCCACUGGCUGCCUUCUCUCUCAACCCACAGGCUGCUACUCCUACAAGAUGCAAUCGCAUAAUAGGCAAUAACAUUGCUCAUUGCAUGCUGGGCGCCUUGUUUCUCUGGCCCAGGGUGGUCUGCCUCUUGGAGUACGUGUGCAUGGAGAACUGUCCCUAGGGGUGGUUGGCUUGGCAUCCCUUCCCUGGAGUGAGUGCUACCUGUCUUGUCUUUGAAGUCUUAGUGCAGGGUAGCUGGGGGCUUGCAUAGGAGCUUGUGGCUGGAGAUGUGGCUGUGGGGACUCAAAGGGAGUAAUGAUGUCUUCUUCAGCCUCAAGCCUGUGACUCUGAAGGAGCUGGUCCAGGUGCAUAGCAAGAAGCUCAGAGGAGUCCCAGGAGCAGGUGUCUCCAAUUGUCACCUGGGUCCACCUGCCUCAGAAUCACAGGGAUUCUAGCUAGCCGUUCUUGCCAACAUUCCACUGACCCCUGAGACUCAGCGGGACCAGGAGCGGCGGAUUCGGAGGGAGAUUGCCAACAGCAACGAGCGGAGGCGCAUGCAGAGCAUCAAUGCAGGCUUCCAGUCCCUCAAGACCCUCAUCCCCCACACAGAUGGAGAGAAGCUCAGCAAGGCAGCCAUUCUCCAGCAGACGGCGGAGUACAUCUUCUCCUUGGAGCAGGAGAAGACCAGGCUUCUGCAGCAGAACACACAGCUCAAGCGCUUCAUCCAGGAGCUGAGCGGCUCGUCCCCCAAGCGGCGGCGGGCAGAGGACAAGGACGAGGGCAUCGGCUCACCGGACAUCUGGGAGGAUGAGAAGGCGGAAGAUCUACGGCGGGAGAUGAUUGAGCUGCGGCAGCAGCUGGACAAGGAGCGCUCGGUGCGCAUGAUGCUGGAGGAGCAGGUUCGCUCGUUGGAGGCCCACAUGUACCCUGAGAAGCUCAAGGUGAUUGCACAGCAGGUGCAGCUGCAGCAGCAGCAAGAGCAGGUGCGACUGCUGCACCAGGAGAAGCUGGAGCGGGAGCAGCACCUGCGGACCCAGCUCCUGCCCCCUCCGGCCCCCACCCACCNNNCCACGGUGAUCGUGCCGGCACCGCCACCCCCUCCCUCCCACCACAUCAACGUCGUCACCAUGGGCCCCUCCUCGGUCAUCAACUCUGUUUCCACGUCCCGGCAAAAUCUGGACACCAUCGUGCAGGCGAUCCAGCACAUCGAGGGCACCCAGGAAAGGCAGGAGCAGGAGGAGGAGCAGCGGCGAGCUGUAAUUGUGAAGCCAGUCCGGAGCUGCCCGGAGGCCCAGGCCUCUGACACUGCCUCCGAUUCGGAGGCCUCGGACAGCGACACCAUGGACCAGAGCCGGGAGGAGCCGGCUGGGACUGGGGGGCUUCCCUGACCACCCCCCAGCCCUCCUCUCCCUUCUUGGGGUUAGAGGGGGCCGGGGCAGCAACAGGAAUACACGCGGGCCAGCGAGUGAGGAAUUUUUACAAAAUUACAAUGUCAUUUGGGUCUCUUUUAUGACCUCUUUUUCAAUACUGUAAGUCAACCUUUGAGUGAAGGCCACCCAACCUGAGGUACUGGGGGCUGGGGUGGUGGGUGUUGUGGGAGCACCGGGACACCUGGGGCUGGGCCUCACCCGGGGGGGCUGGGGAAGCUGACACUUGAGGUGCCUGGCCUCUCUCUGCCAAAAAGCAUUUUUUUUUUUUCAUUAAACAUGUUUUUAAGAACAGGGAAAAUCAAAACCCCAACGUAUUUCUGCCCUCCCCAGAGCCAGCUCUGUGACCAUUAGUUUUUAACUCCCCCUUCCCUCCUCUUUUUGGUUUUCUUCUUUCUCUAAGCACUUAAUGGGUUGGGGGUCCGGCUGGGUCAGGACUCUCUGGGGGUCCGGGGUGGAAGUUGCUUCUCCGUUGGGGUUUGCUGCUGCCCUUUUGCCCUGCCCUUCCUUCCCUGCCCCACCUCAGCACUAGGAUUUGCCACUCUCCACCACCAGCUGGCCUCCACCUCUCCCUCCAGGUUUCCCAUUUUCAAUCCCCAGAAAUGUCUUUGUCUCUCUGUUCUGUUUGUUGGGUUUUUCUUUUUUCCCCCUUUGUUUGUUUUUUGUUUUUCUUUAUUUUUUUUGUUGUUUUUUUUUUUAUAACAAUUUCGAGGUCUUUGUGUUCAAGGAGAGCUAUUAUAUUUUGUUAAGAAAGUGUGUGUGGGGGGAACCAUGAGGCCACCAUGCCUUUAUAAAGAAAAAAUAAAGUUUGUACUUUGUUUUUUA